AUGAAAAAUUACAAACUAUCAAAGCAAGAUAUUAAUUUUAUUCGUCCCUUAUGGAGAUACUUGAACAUUUUUCUAAUUAUACCAUGGUACGAUUUUAAUAAAAAUUGUGUAUAUAAACCAUUUUUAAUGAAGUUAAGUGGAUGUGUUUUAAUAGUUGGUACUAUUUUUUGGUCUAUUGUUCCAACAUUCGACGAAACUAUAAGACAAAUGUAUUAUGUGAUGCCAUUCUCCGAAAAAUGUGUCUACAUUUUGACGCUUGUGAAUUUAAAAUUGUUCGUUUUUCUGGUAGUAAUUAAGUGCUGCUUUCUGGAUGUCGAAAAAUGGGUAAUUUUGAUGACAAGUUUCCAAUUCAUCGACGAAAAAUUAAACAACGCAGGAAAAAAAGAAGAGAAAAUAUUGAAAAACUUCUAUUUCAGGUUUUGCCUGAAACAAUUUUUUUUCAUUUUAUUUGCGUUCUACAUAACAUAUAUUUGGUCACUAGUUUUGGAUUAUCCAUUUAUAAAAUCUUUUUUAACCGGUUUAUUGUUAGAGUUGUUUUAUGAAUAUCAAGUAAUUAUUCUUAUACGAUGUGUUGUCAUUUCAAUUAAAAUUAGAUAUAAAGAUCUAAAUAAAAAGUUACGAGAACUACAUUCCAGUCAGAACGUUAUUUCAGAUUUGCAAAACCUUGUUGAAUAUUUUAGAAUUUUAGGAGAAAUGAUUGACUUGCUUAAUGAUUUAUUUGGGUAUCAAAUUAUCCUAUUUUUAUUUCACAGUGGACUACAAGUAGUUGGUUGUGUAAGUUUUAUGUUUUCAAUGGUUAAGCAAACUCAAGAAUCCAUGUUUCUUCAUUUCAUAAUUGCAAAUGUCUCCGUAUUAAUUUUUACAAUCAUUAAUUUAUUCGCCAUUAUUUUGCCCAUUGAUGCAACUAUGCAAGAAAGUAAAAAGUUCAUACAAUUGUGUUUCAGAACUCAGGAAUAUUAUUUUAUUCAAAAUGCUCAAAAAGCCAAAGAAUUGUCAAGAUUAACGCGCAUUUCAAAGCAUUAUGUACGUGAAUUUAGUCUUGCCGGCUUUUGUAAUAUCAGCAAAUCAAUCAUUUUUUGCUUUAUUGGAAACGUGGCAACUUACGUUAUAAUUACACUUCAGUUUAAUGAAGCAAAUAUUGAGAAUAGGUAUAAGAUGUAA